CAUGCCUGCCACGCCCUCCUCUACGCGCCCUGCCCCGAGCGCCUGUUCGGAAAGAUCCCGUUGCGAUUCGCGGUGCUGAUGGCAACAGAAGGGGACCAAUGAGUCAUCCUGGAGAGAGAAUUCCAGAGUUCGGGUGUCAUGACCAAGAAGGCCUUCUCCCAGGUUGCCACUCAUCUAAUCUCAGAAGGUGGGGCACCAGAAGCAGGCCCUGCAAAGAUGACCGCAGUGGUCAGAUGCAGAUGCGGUUUGAUGGGCGCCUGGGUUUUCCAGGUGGGUUUGUGGACCUGCGGGACACCUCCCUGGAAGAGGGUCUGAACCGGGAGCUUAGAGAAGAGCUGGGUCCUGGGGCUGCCUCACUGCACAUAGCUGAGCUGGAUUACAUGAGCUCACACGCCUCCGAGAAUCCACAACGAGUGGUGGCUCACUUUUAUGCCAAGCAGCUCUGCCUGGAUGAACUCCGGACCAUAGAGGAGGGGGCCACUCGGGCAAAAGAUCACGGUUUGGAGGUGAUGGGUCUUGUCCGUGUCCCGCUCUACACCAUGCGCGAUGGUGUCGGGGGUCUCCCAGCUUUCCUUAGCAACACUUUCAUAGGCAAUGCUCGGGAUCAGUUGGUUCAUGCCCUGGAAACUUUUCAGCUUGUGCCAAGAGAGCAACUUCAGAAGGCUGUUUCUACAGCUCAGAAGAGACUGUGAUCCCUACCGGCUGUGACUACCUCUUGGACGGCUCUAUGACAUGACACCCCGAGAACAUUUGAUACCUGAAUGACCCCUUUUGAAUCUAAUCUCAGUGGGGCUGUUGACAAGGAUUUAAAUUUGCAGUCUGUGCCGAGCAUUACUCUGUGUGUGUUUACAUUAUUGAUGGUGUCUGUCAGUCUCUGUUGGAUCUGGGUUGACAAGGGUUAAAAGAGUAACAUAAAGUUUAAGAGAUGGUUUUAGCUUUGUGUGAACACUCAAGGACAUGUACAGCUGUAUGGAUAUGAAGGUUCCUUAUGGCCAGAGAAUCAUUGCACAACUAAUGCAUAGUCCCACGUGCAGCUUCACUUUUCCCACUCUAAUUUUAAAACCACGCUGCUGUGAGUCCCGAUCUAUAUAUGUGACGGAUGUUGGAUUCUUCCUUUCCUAACAGAGCAUUUCACAUUUCUGAUUUAUUAUUCUUCUGUUUCACAGUUUAGGGCCUGCCUUUCUAACUUUCUACCCGUUGCUGUUCCAGUGCUGUAAGUUUACAAAGGAAGUGGCUACAAGAUAAUCUUUGUCUCUUUUCCCAUUUGUAAUGUGCUGUACCGAGAACAUGAGAUUGUUUUAGUAAAUCAGCAAAUCUAACAUUCUCUGAGCAUAAUAAAUGAAGUGUACUUCCA